CUCAUUGGUUAGAGAAUUCAUACAUACAUAUAUAUACACUUUCGGCAAUCAUAAUUUCAUGAAUUAAUUCAACCCAAUUUGCGCACACACUCUUCCUCACUGCAUUUGAUUUUCACGUACCGGAGAGAUUUCCCAAUAAUAUGCAGGAAGAACAAGUCUUUGAUCAACUGGGGUUUAAUUUAGCGGCUUGAGCAAUCCGCUUUCUUCGAAUGAUUGCCUGCUUCAGUGUUGGAUUAUUGCUCCGCUAGUUUAUUGAUCGGACGGAUUUUUUUUUUUCUUCUUAAUUAAUGGAAGCGGCAUCUGAAAAUUGGAGAUGAGAAAGAGGCAACAAUGGGGAAAAUCAUGGGUGGUUUUGUAUUGCCCCUGUUACUUUUGACAGCUGGAUUACUGAAUUGGAGUUUGAUUUCUCUUAUUCAUUUGGUGACUUCUCUUCUUUUCCGGUUUACUUCCCCUAAAACAGGACUGCGAUACAGAGGGAGAGUCUUCACUUUGUGGUUUAUUUUCAUUUACUCGGCUCUUGUGAUUAUUUUACAAGUGGGCUUUCUUAUACUAUGCGCAAUUCUGGGUUCAGAAUGGAGCAUUGCAGAUGCCUGGUGGAUAAAGCUGUUUGGACUUAUGAAUGUCCAGUCCUGGAAAUCUCCCACAGUAAUCUAUUUCCUCGUCGUAGAAUUAUUGGUGGGGCUUGUUGCUUUCUUUGAGAUCAAUAGGAACAGAUUUGGCUUCGUGGAAUCUCGAGAUUCAUGCUGGUGCUAUUUGUCAUCUGUGUUUGAACACAUAGGUUAUCGCCUUAGGUUGGUUUCCUGCUUAUUGCUGCCAGCAGUGCAGUUGGUUUCGGGGAUCAGCAAUCCUUCCUGGCUUUCUUUACCGUUUUUCAUUUGCAGCUGUGUCGGUCUUGUUGAUUGGUCUUUAACAAGCAACUUCUUAGGCCUCUUCAGGUGGUGGAAGAUACUGUGGGUAUAUGCUGGCUUUAGCAUUUGCAUACUUUAUGUGUAUCAGCUUCCUAUUGGGUUUCCACAGUCUCUUCAGACGUUUGCUGAUGUCAUUGGUCUGUACAAAGCAUCGGUGGAUUCUGACUGGCAAGAAAUUUGUUCUGGUAUUUCUCUCACGGUGUUCUACUAUAUGCUCUCUUGUGUAAAACAUGACCUAGAAGACAUGGAAUUUAUGAUGUCCAUGCGAGAAGGCAGCUUGACUGAACAGUUUCUUCCCUCAAAAAAUUCCUUUUUUGUUCGUCAGCUGAGGUCUGGUGUAAGGCAUACCAACAUUUUAUUGAGGGGAACGGUUUUCAGGGUUUUUAGUAUCAACUGGUUCACUUAUGGAUUCCCGGUGUCCUUGUUUGCUCUUUCAUACUGGAGCUUUCAUUUCGCAAGUAUAUGUGCAUUUGGGUUACUUGCUUAUGUUGGGUAUGUUUUGUAUGCUUUUCCAUCCUUGUUCCGACUGCACCGUUUGAACGGGUUGCUUCUUGUGUUCAUUCUCUUGUGGGCUGUGAGCACAUAUGUAUUCAAUGUAGCCUUCGCAUACGUGAACUGGAAACUCGGGAAGGAUAUGGAGAUCUGGGAGAUGGUUGGAUUAUGGCAUUAUCCUAUCCCUGGUUUCUUCCUUCUUGCACAGUUCUGUCUUGGAAUUCUCGUAGCUCUUGGUAAUCUUGUAAAUAACUCGGUUUUUCUGUGCCUAUCAAAUGAGGAGAGGCAAGUCUCUAAUGAGAACAAGACUGAGGAAGUGAAGGAAGAUGCCAAGGUUUUAAUCGUUGCUACAAUUGCUUGGGGACUGCGCAAAAGUUCUCGGCCUAUUAUGCUGUUGCUGAUUUUCCUAAUUGCUACAAAACCUGGUUUAGCUCAUGCUGUUUAUAUGGUAUUCUUCUUUGCUUACCUUUUGAGCCACAACAUCGAUACAAGGAUGCGACAAUCCCUUAUUCUUCUGUGCGAGGCUCAUUUUGCGGUUCUGUACAUUCUUCAGCUUAGUCUUGUCUCCAGAAAAUUGGAGCAGAAAGGCUCUAUAAGUAUGGAAGUGCUAUCACAGUUAGGUCUCCUUGAAAGUGAUAGCUCAUGGGACUUCCUUGAAAUAGCUCUGCUCGCGUGCUUUUGUACCAUUCAUAAUCAUGGAUUUGAAAUGUUGUUCUCAUUUUCUGCAAUUGUUCAGCACACACCUUUUCCUCCAGUUGGAUUUAGCAUCCUUAAAGCUGGUCUGAACAAAUCAGUUCUUUUGUCUGUUUAUGCCACCUCCAACACCAGAGAUUAUAGUGUGAAUCAUUCUCAUGAAAGAAGGGUAGCAUUGUAUCUGAGUGCAGUCGGGGAGAAGUUCUUAUCCAUAUACAGAUCAUUUGGAACCUACAUUGCCUUUCUCACCAUUCUUCUUGCUGUAUACCUUGUGAGACCUAAUUUCAUAGCAUUCGGUUACAUUUUCCUUCUCCUUGUCUGGAUAAUCGGAAGACAGCUCGUUGAGAAAACAAAACGGCGUCUAUGGUUCCCACUCAAAGCAUACGCAAUCAUGGUUUUCGUUUUCAUUUACAUCUUAAGUGUAUUUCCUACUUUCGAAAUGUGGAUGUCCCAAAAAGUUAAUCUUUAUGUAUGCUUCGGCUAUAACAGUGACGCUUCUCUGUUACAAAAUCUCUGGGAGUCUCUAGCAAUUGUGAUUGUCAUGCAACUUUACAGUUACGAGAGAAGACAAAGCAAAAACAUGAAAUUGGAAGAUACCGACCCAUUGCAAUUGGGGAUAUUGGGAUUUGCAAAAAGGUUUUUGAUCUGGCACAGUCAAAAGAUUUUGUUCGCCGCGCUUUUCUAUGCUUCAAUAUCUCCUAUAAGUGCAUUCGGGUUUCUGUACCUUCUUGGUCUUGUUUUGUCUUCUGCUUUGCCCAAAGCGUCCAAUCCAUCCAAGUCAAUCUGAAUUUACACGGGAUUUUUGGUGACAACUGAAUAUCUAUUUCAGAUGUGGGGUAAACAGGCUCAAAUGUUUCCAGGACAGAAGCACCACGAUUUGUCGAUUUUCCUUGGUUUACAGGUGUAUAAACGGAGUUUCGAGGGUGUAGAAGCGGGGUUGAGAGCAAAAGUGCUUGUGAUUGCUGCGUGUACACUUCAGUAUAACGUUUUUCACUGGUUGGAAAAAAUGCCUGCUUCUCUUUUGAAUGCAGGGAAAUCGGAAGAGCCUUGUCCUCUAUUUAUUUCAGAGGAAGAUGUUUCUACUGCUUCAACUUCUAAUGGAGAUCGUGAAGAAUCCUCGCAAAAGACAAGAAGCAAUUCAUGGCCGUUUUUGACACCCGAUAAUUACCGGUCAACUGAGGUUUCUUCUUCUUCUUCCAAUACUAGUAGAAAAUACUCGUUCAGUUAUAUAUGGGGGAGCAUGAAGGAAAGUCACAAGUGGAAUAAAAAGAGGAUUAUUGCCUUGAGGCAGGAGAGGUUUGAAAUGCAGAAAACAAUGCUUAAAGUUUAUUUGAAGUUUUGGAUGGAAAACAUGUUCAAUCUCUUUGGCCUCGAGAUAAAUAUGAUAGCGCUGCUACUUGCCAGUUUCGCUUUGUUGAAUGCUAUUUCUAUGUUCUACAUUGCAUGCCUUGCUACUUGUGUUCUGUUGGGUCGAACUAUUAUACGUAAACUGUGGCCGGUAUUUGUCGUUGUUUUUGCUGCUAUACUUCUCGUUGAAUAUUUGGCAAUGUGGAAGAGCGUUAUGCCUACGACUGAGACUAGUGCACAUUGCCAUGACUGCUGGAAAAACUCGAUCGUGUAUUUUCACUAUUGUGAAAAGUGUUGGUUAGGAAUUGUAGUUGAUGAUCCUCGUGUGCUGAUCAGUUACUACGUGGUCUUCAUGCUGGCGUGUUUUAAACUCCGUGCAGAUCAUGCAUCUAAUUUUUCAGGGUCGUUCACAUAUCACCAGAUGAUUUCUCAGCGUAAAAAUGCUUUUGUUUGGCGAGAUCUCACUUUCGAAACUAAAAGCAUGUGGACUUUUCUCGACUAUUUGAGGGUAUACUGCUAUUGCCAUCUAUUAGAUUUAGUACUCGCUCUCAUUUUAAUAACCGGAACCCUCGAGUAUGACAUUCUGCACCUUGGAUACCUUGGCUUCGCUCUUAUUUUCUUCCGUAUGAGGCUCACCAUAUUGAAGAAGAAAAACAAGAUCUUCAAGUAUUUGCGUAUAUACAACUUUGCUGUAAUUGUUCUCUCUCUGGCCUAUCAGUCGCCUUUUGUUGGCGAUUUCAAUGCUGGGAAAUGUGAAACAGUGGAUUAUAUUUACGAGGUGAUCGGCUUUUAUAAAUACGAUUACGGAUUUCGGAUUACCUCAAGAUCUGCUUUGGUGGAAAUCAUCAUCUUUGUUUUGGUAUCGUGUCAGUCGUACAUGUUUGCUUCAUCAGAGUUCGAUUACGUAUUUCGAUAUCUCGAGGCGGAGCAAAUCGGUGCAAUCGUACGCGAGCAAGAGAAGAAAGCUACAUGGAAAACCGAACAGCUACAGCACAUUCGUGAAUCCGAGGAGAAAAAACGGCAGCGUAACUCACAAGUGGAGAAAAUGAAAUCGGAAAUGCUCAACCUACAAAGCCAGCUCCACGGUAUGAAUUCAUCUACUGUUUGUGGUGGUGAUGCUUCUUCACCUGCUAGUGGGGGUUUGAGAAGAAGGAAAAAUGCUUCGAUCGAUUUUCAAGAAAUUGAAAACCUCGAGAAAGAAGAAGGUUAUGUCAGUUUUGAUUCAGGUUUUCCAUAUAAUGUGUACGAAUCUCCACGUAGCUUAAGACCUGAGACCCCAUUUGCAGUUGACUUUACAAAGCAACAAAUUGAUGCUUCUGUUAGUGAGAUUACGGAACUUGGAGAGGAUGCGAACGAUAAUGAU